AAAUAUCAUUAGUUAUAUUGUCAUAUUCUCUAAUGUAACAUAAAUUGUUACCUGAUGUAUUAAUAUUCAUGGGAAAUCAUCCUUCAUCAAAAUUUUCUCCUGAAUUUGAAGAAUUGCGAAAAAAGUCUUUUAGAAAAGCAAAACCACGGUUAAUAACAGGAACGUCCGUCGGUGAUAUACUCUUCCUUGUUGUCUUCACUUCAGCGUUUGCUUACACAAUUUAUACCGAAGGAGCAAGGCGACAAGCGGAUCCGAACUCUUCAAUUUAUACUGUUGAUAAUCCUCCCCCUACUUUAUUUGAAAGGGGUCAAAAAAUCUAUAACGAAAAAGGAUUUGAGGGAUUAUUGGGAAUAGAUAAAAACGAUGGGAAGACUAAAUAAAGAUGAGAUAAACCAGAGAGUUAGGGGGCCUGGUAAAAAAGCAAGACGGCAACAAGAUUUCGAAAUGCCAAAGGUGUGGAAAGAUGAACAAAAAGAAGGAAAAGGAAUGACUAGUAGAGCGAAAAAACGAAUGAAAACUCGCGAACAAAAACAGAAAAAAACCAAGGCAACGCAACUUGACGAAGUCGGACAAGAAGAGAAUGGGAUAACGGACAACGAUGUUUAUAUGGAGAACGAUAAACUUGGUGAAGAUUAUUCGAAUAACAACGGCGAUGGAUUAAAACUCUUUUCUGGUGACGAUGAUUCAGAAUUGGAAAUGGAUGAUGAUUACGGCGAGCAAAUGGACAGCGAGGACGAGGCUAAAGCUGCAAUAAAACAAAAAGUUUUAGAAGAAAUGCUGAGCGAAGAGGAAGGGACAGAAAGCGAGGAUGAAAAUGAUACAGGAACACUUCUUGAUGUCGAAAAAAAGACGAAAGCUCUACAGAAAAAGAGAAUGGAAAUUAACAACGCUGUCAAGGACGAUCAAAUUCAAACGAAUAUCCAAGAAUCUGAAGCUUUUGUUCUACCAAGUGGGCAAGAGAUAGAAAAGGAUAGCAUUCCUACUGCUGGUUUGGAAGUUAUUCAGCAAAGAAUAAAAGAUAUUCUUUCUAUAUUAUCAGAUUUUGCCAACAAGAGAGAUCCAAAUCGAAAAAGGAAAGAGUAUUGCACUGUGUUGUGUAAAGAUUUAUGUACAUAUUACAGCUAUAAUGAAUUCCUUAUGUCCAGGCUCAUGGAAUUGUUUUCCUUAUCUGAACUAGUUGAAUUCUUGGAAGCAAACGAAGUACAACGGCCGAUCACCAUUCGCACAAAUACUCUGAAGACAAGAAGAAGAGACCUGGCACAGGCUUUGAUUGGCCGCGGAGUGAACUUGGAUCCGCUCGGUAACUGGACUAAGGUUGGGUUAGUUGUCUAUGAUUCUUCUGUUCCUAUUGGAGCAACGCCGGAGUACUUAGCUGGUCAUUAUAUACUUCAGGGAGCGUCAAGCUUUCUUCCUGUUAUUGCAUUAGCUCCUCAACCAGGAGAAAGAAUUCUUGACAUGUGUGCUGCCCCUGGCGGCAAAACGUCUUACGUUGCUCAAUUAAUGAAAAAUACUGGCCUGGUGUUUGCGAAUGAUGUCAAUGCUGCUAGAAUACGUGCUGUAGUUGGAAAUCUGCACAGACUUGGGGUUAGUAAUUCUGUCGUUUCGAAUUAUGAUGGGAGAUCGUUUCCUACCAUUAUGGGUAAUUUUUCUCGGGUUUUACUGGAUGCUCCAUGCAGUGGAACCGGUGUGAUAUCUAAAGAUCCUUCAAUAAAAACAAAUAAGGACGAAGACGAUAUAAAACGGUGUUCCCAUUUACAAAAAGAAUUAAUUUUGUCGGCUAUUGAUUCUUGCAAUGCUAAAUCAGAUACAGGUGGAUAUAUUGUUUAUUGUACUUGUUCUAUUCUGGUUGAGGAAAAUGAGGAUGUGGUGAACUACGCUUUGAAAAGGAGAAACGUAAAACUUGUUGAAACUGGCCUCGAUUUCGGAACAGCUGGAUUCGUGAAUUACCGUAAUUUCCGAUUCCAUCCUUCGCUGAAAUUAACAAAACGAGUGUACCCACAUACUCAAAAUAUGGACGGUUUUUACAUUGCAAAAUUGAAGAAAUUUUCGAACACAAUUCCUGUCGUGAAAGACGAAGAAAUUGAAGGAGAGGAAGAUGUUGAGAUUGAAAACGCUGAAAAGACAGAAUCAGAAACAGAAAAACCACAGGAAAAAAAGAAAAUUCAGGAUUCAAAAGGAACAAAACGGAAAGUAGAUGCAAUGAAACAGCUUAAAAAGUAUCAAAAAAAUAAACAUAAGCCCGGUGCUUUAAUUCGUCCAAUCAUUGGAGUGAAAGAGAAAAAACGUAGUAUUACUAAAUACAUAGAGGCCAAACAAGGUAAAAUAGCACCAAAGAACAUAAAGAAAGAAAAGAACGUGCCCCAAGCCAACCCAAAAAAGCAAAAGUCAAAGAAACCUGAUCAGAAGUUGAACAAAAUAAACAAAAAUAAAAAACCGAAAAUUAACGAAACGAAUAAAAUGGACAUUCAACCAGCAGUGAAAAAGGACUCUGAAAAGUCGCCCAAAAUUGAAAAACCUGCGACUGAAAAACCUAAAAUAGUAUCAGGUAUUCAGCAAAAAAGUCCCAAAGCUAAAAGUAAGCGUCGUAUGAGCAUGAAGGAGAUUAUACGAAUGCGACAGAACCUUCUAGACGAGUGAAUUUGGCAUUACGGCCCUUCUCCCCAUGAAACGUUCUCCCCCCACCCUCUUCUCAAAAAAAAAAAAAUCAAAUAAGUAUAAUUUUUCCUUUGAUGUCAUUAAAUAAGUCAUGGAACAUUGUAAAAAUAUUUGCUGGAAAAUUCUGACUGACAUCAAUAUUAUUAAAUCAUAAAUCAGAAUUCUAAAAUAUCUAAUUUUUUGAUAAAAACAAUUCUAAUUUAGCUGCAUGCUAAUUUCUGUUUAACAUUUUGGACAUUAAUUUUGAAUGCUGUUUUCCGCCAGUGAUUGUAGAGAUAUCAUAUUAUUCUGUAUUUUUUUGUUUAAACUUAUUUCCAAUGUUCGCAUUGUAUUUGCCUUAUGCUUUGCCUCAUUUGAACUUUACAACUUCUGGUGUGGUGCCCUAAAUGGUCUCAAAUAUUUCGAUCUUACAGCUCAAUGACUCCCACUUUGCCCGAUGUAUUGAAUUGGGUAAGCCAUAACAACUUCCCCUAAAAAAUAGUAUUUAAAAAACCUAUUGUAAAAUGUGUAUUUCUUGAAUAGAAAAAUUUGAAAUUUAGUGAAUGAAAUGGCAUAAUUAUUAUGUCCCAAAAUGUUUGGCACACUGAUGGUCUUGCAGCUUGAAGACUUCACAAUGAAUACCCACCACUUUGGCCAGGAUAAGGCAUGCUAAACACACUUCAUGAAAAAUUAAUUGCGUUUCCGAACUGAGUAUCGAAUGGAAAAACUUUGAUUUAGUGAAGGCCUUUGUAAACUUAUUUCCCAAAAUAUUUGGCACAUGUUACAUUAUUUUCAGGGUACUCCUGUAGUGUGUGUACCAGGUUAGGGUUAGGCCAUAUUUCAUUCCUAUCUUCCUUGUUUUAGUUCUAUUUCGAUUUUGGGGACUGUCUGUGUUAGCCAAGUGAAUAUACCCCCUGCCCAUAGGGUUCCGUUCCUUUACACAAUUUGAUGUAAAGUGGGCGAACAAAAUUAGUUCCCUCCAUAUUGGUACACACACUUCUGGACCGCCCUCUUUAGUACCCAUGAUGACUUUAAAUUAUUCGCCCUGUUUCAAUUUGUUAAUCACAAUACAUUA